AUCUUGCUUUCAAACCUCUUCGGAGCUUUCGGAAACGUCCCACGACGUAUAUCGUCGCAUCAGGCUCGAAGAUCGGUCACUGAAGAGCAUCACGUCCCAGUUCGGUCGACCGACCAGUCACGCGAUGGCGUUCCUUGACGUACGGUAUAGAUACGCUCUUCGGAGAAAUCAUGCAUCCUACAUGCAGCGAAAUGGCACGGUAUCUGAAGCUGUUGAAAAGGCAAGACUCGGCGGAACAGAUGGAUUGGCCCGUGGGAGAUAAUCCGCAGCGGCUCCAUAGUGUCAUCGCGGAGUUUGUCCGAAGACAACUUACCAGUGCUCGAGUUGGACGGGGAUUUCACUCAUUCACUGCAGUACUACAGCACAUGUUGGCUCGGCCCCGCUUCUGCAUCAUCGUCGACAAGCGAUCCCUCGAGCCAGCUCGUCGGCCACAGGAUGGCGAUGCUUGCCCACCCGAUUGUGACUAUUGUAUGGAAAGAGUGGUUACUGGCGUGGUACUCUAGUCUUUGCGAAUGAACCGCAUGGCGUACUAGGAGGUGAGAGAGACGUAGGAUCCGGAGCUCAUGGCCCAUCAGAGGCAACAUCGACGAGUAUGUUGGGUGGUCCUACUGUCCUGUGCCCUUGCUUCUGGAAUGCUACGAUAGGCUUGGCGUUGUGAACAUCUGAGAGUAAUUGGUUCUGCCGUAUAGGCCGCCUGAGGUUUACCAAUAUAGGGACUACAAGGAAGUUGAGCGGAAAGGAGAUGAAGCUGGAGGGCAUUGUAGAGGACCGAAGAAUGGAUUCGUGAGUCCAAGAAACUUGAGGGUCUUAACUCCCAUAUGAGUAUGGCUAGCUUCUCCGGGAAUAAAUGUAUUUUAG